AUGGGUUUUAUGCUGGGCUCUGCCCUGCUGCUGCUGCUGGGGGCUAGCACGCCUGUUGCGGCGGGCUCGCUGAAAGAUAUUGAACAUGUUGUGAUUUUUAUGCAGGAGAAUCGGUCGUGGAAUAGUUAUUUUGGCACCAUGGCCGGUGUUCGAGGAUUCAAUGAUCCCAACGUGCAGAUUAACGAUGAUGGUCAGCCGGUGUGGUACCAAAAAGUGAAUCCCGUCCUGUCGAAAGGCGCAGAACACCUCCUCCCGUGGCACUUGGGAUACAAAGACACCGAAUACUGGACGGACGCGAUCCAGUGCCUCAUCGCAGGAAGCAAUUUCUACUACGGUAACCAGGGCGCCGUCAACCAUGGAAAGAAUGACCUCUGGGCGAAGACUCAGACCGCGUGGAGUUGGGGGUACUAUAAGCGCCAGGAUCUUCCUGUCCAGUAUGCUCUGGCUGAAGGGUGGACGACGGGCGAUAUGUAUCAGGAGUCAUACAUCACCUCCACCAGUCCCAACCGUGUCUCUCUCGUGAGCGGCUCGAUCAACAUCCCAGGCGGUCCGCAGACCCCCGACCAAGGCGGUCCCUACAUUGACAACAAUGAAAUCCCAGGCUGCUUCCCCGCACACACCAACUGCUACCCCCUCAAAUGGCAAACCAUCUACGAAAUCUACGAAAAAGCAGGCGUCUCCUGGCAGCUGUACCAGGACAUGAACGACAACUUCGACGACAACCCGCUCGCCUGGUUCAAGCAAUACCAGGACGCCUCGGACGACUCCCCCCUCACCAAGAAAGGCAUGUCCACAGUAACCUUCGACGAAUUCUACGCCGCCGCCGGCAACGGCACCCUCCCCGAGAUCAGCUUCCUGAUCGGCCCGGCCCCGCUGUCCGAGCACCCGCCCUACCAGCCCAAAGACGGCGCCUGGCUCCAAAAGCAAGUCGUCGACGCCGUCACCAAAAGCCCCAAAUACAACUCCACCCUCCUCAUGAUCAGCUACGACGAAUCCGGCGGCUUCGGCGACCACGUCAGCCCCUUCCACUCCCCCGAAGACACCCCCGGCGAAUGGAUGGAAGACCCAUACGGCAAAUACGGCAAGGUCUUCGUGGGGCCCGGCGUGCGCGUCCCGUUCUACAUGAUCUCGCCCUGGACGCGCGGGAAUCGCGUCUUCACCGAGCGCGCAGACCACAACUCGCAGAUCCUGUUCGUGGAGGAGUGGCUGGAGGCCCGCGGGUACAAGGACGUCCGCACACCGGAGAUGGUCCCCUGGCGCCGCGAGCACAUGUCCAACCUCGUGGGCGCGCUCGACCUCGACCACCCGGAUCCGACCCUCCCCGACCUGCCGGAGGCAGAGGAGCCGCGCACCCUGGGCGAUCUCUACACGGGGAUGGCGCACUGCGCGGCGACGCACCCGCUCACGCGCCCGCCGGCACCCUUCGGCAAGCAGGACAACGUGACUGAGGCGCUGUGGUUCGAGGACGGGUAUAAGGAAGUUGUUGGCGCCCUGACAGAGGGCCGAUACCUGACGUUCGAACAGCAGGGCAAGGCGCUGACCAACCCCGGUCACAAUGCGAGUGCGGUGACGCGCGCGCCGGCGCAUGCUGACCACCGCGAUCGCAAGCAGCGGUGGGUGAUCCACUAUACGGAGGACGAGGAGAGCCAGAUCUUCCGGGUGUCGAGCGCGCUGGAUGGGAGGUGGCUUGGACCGCGCGGGACGCUGGUGUCGAAGCGCGAGAAGGCGGCGGAUGUUCGGACGAAGUUCUUGGGGAAUGGGAGGGGGUAUAAGCUGGAGUAUACCGACGGGAGCCCGCUGGGGAAGAGCGGGGAGUAUACGAUUUGGAGUGUGACUUAUCAUUAG